AUGGAUCAGAAUCGGAUCGCCAAAACUAAGGCAGCUGCUCUGCAGCAGACAGCUCAGCAGCUGGCUCAGGAGCAAACGAUGGCCAGUAAGGUUGUGGCCAGUCCUGGAGCUUCCCAUGCUUCCCAUGCUUCGUUCGCGGCGCAGUUGCGACGACUGGAACAGCAGAUCGAGCUGGAGCGUCGACAAGUGGAGCGGCGCUUGGAUAAGAUGGAACGGCGUAUUGAGGAGGUGGCAAGCCUAAGCACAUCCAGCGGUCGCUGGGCCGAGCUGCAAGGGCAUGUUGAUGGCUUGGAGGAGUCCCUCCAGAAUCUCAUCAAGGGUACCAUAGAGCUGGCGCCUGCCAGAUCCCAUGGAGCUAAUAGAUGCAAUGGCCAGGUGCAUGGCGGGUCACCUGCUUCGUGGGGUAGGGUCAGUGAGUUGGACGACCAAGUGCUGCAGAUCUCGCACAGGCUGCUGCGAUUGGAGCAUAGCCUGCAGGGAGACAGUGGCGACAUUGAAAGACAGCCACAGGAGAUGCUCAAGUUCAAAGAUGAGGUUCAGGAGGUGCUUGGACAUAUGGAAUCCUUCAAGGGCUGGGAGGAGCAAAUGGUUAUGCUGGAGGACCAGGUGGGAGGCAUGGGCCGACGCUUGGAAGAUGUGACACACGAAUUACAGGAGAUCCUGGAAACGCGUGAGGCCGAAGAUUUGGUGGAGAACCUGGAAGAACGCCGCUGGCGUCUGGCAAUGAGUGCAAAGCAGGUGACGUCCGGCGUGGCGGAAGGAGAGUUGCGACAGGAGCUCAGUACAAUCAGUGAAGACCUCACGUCCCUCUUCAUGCGCGUGGAACAAAGCGAGGUGGGCCUCUACAGUUUGGCAGAUGCUGUGAGCCGCGUUUGUGAGGAGCUAAGUCACCUGAGGACCGGGCCCUUGUCGCAGCGCUCCACGGCCGUGACACAGCCAGUGCCAGGAUUUGCAGGUGCAAGCGUUGUUGCUGAUGCUCCUUGCUGA